AGAUCGCAUGCUGCUGCCAACAGGCUGCUCAGCCAAACCUCUGCCAGCCUCACCCGCCUGCACUGCUUGGGCUCACCCUCACCUGGACAGGAUGAGCAGCAAGGAAGAGGUCACUAAGUGCGCCCCAGCCACACUCUCCAGCUUCACCAUCCAGUCCAUCCUGCAGGGCACCACCACAUCUGAGCGGGGACGUGCCAAGCCUUGUGCCAGGGAGCCCAUCGCCAGCAGAGAGCCCAGCCCCAGCUCAUCAUCAGAGGACGAGGACCAGGACGAGGGAUGGAGAGGAGCCACAUGCUUCUGUUCUGAAUCAGCCGGCAAGGAGCCCAGGGAACCAGCCGUACAUACCUGCAACCAGCACAGGUGUCUCAACAAUUCCCGGGGAUCGCACGGUUCAGAGAGGAGCUCGCAGGACUAUCCUAGGGACCGGGAGAGACAUCGCACCCCUUCAUCCGGGGACAAGCACGGCGGCUCCAAGAAGAAGACCCGGACCGUGUUCUCCAGGAGCCAAGUCUACCAGCUGGAAUCCACCUUUGACAUGAAGAGGUACCUGAGCAGCUCGGAGAGGGCAUGCCUGGCAUCCAGCCUCCAGCUGACAGAGACUCAGGUGAAGACCUGGUUCCAGAACCGCAGGAACAAAUGGAAAAGGCAACUGUCCGCCGAGCUGGAGGCUGCCAACAUGGCACACGCCUCUGCACAGACUCUCGUAAGCAUGCCACUGGUAUUCAGGGACAAUUCCAUCCUGAGGGUCCCAGUGCCCAGGUCUAUAGCCUUCCCUGCCCCUCUCUAUUACCCUGGCAGCAACAUGUCGCUGCCACUCUAUAAUUUAUACAACAGCAAGCUGGACUACUGAACGGUGCCCCAGUCCUGCCCUCUGGACUACUGAACGGUGCCCCAGUCCUGCCCUCUGGACUACUGAACGGUGACCCAGUCCUGCCCUCUGGACUACUGAACGAUGACCCAGUCCUGCCCUCUGGACUACUGAACGGUGCCCCAGUCCUGCCCUCUGGACUACUGAACGGUGCACCAGGCCUGCCCUCUGGACUACUGAAAGGUGCCACAGUCCUGCCCUCUGGACUACUGAGCAGUGAUGCAGUCCUGCCCUCUGGACUACUGAACAAUGCCCCAGUUCUGCCCUCUGGACUACUGAACAGUACCCUAGUCCUUCCCUCUGGACUACUGAACAGCACCAGUCCUAUUCUCUGGACUACUGAACGGUGCCACUGUUCUGCCCUCUGGACUACUGAGCAGUGUCGAAGUCCUGCCCUCUGGACUACUGAACAGCGCCCCAGUCCUGCCCUCUGGACUACUGAACAGUGCCCCAGUCCUGCCCUCUGAAAUACUGAGCAGUGCCGUUGUCCUGCCCUCUGGACUACUGAACAGCGCCCCAGUCCUGCCCUCUGGACUACUGAACAGUGCCCCAGUCCUGCCCUCUGGACUACCAGUGCCCCUGUUCUGCCCUCAAAACCUCAAUGGAAGAUACACCAUGUGUAUAGGUCUCCUUUGUCCCCGCCUUGCUGCGACAAUUUUUUUUUUUUUUAUAUGUAUUAUCAUUUCACAAUUUUAUUAUAUAUGAUUUUUUAUUACCUCUCCCCACCUAUUCCCCUUCUCUGUACAAAAGGACUGCACGAAUAUUUAACCCUUGUCCUGACGACGGACUGGCACAGAUGCCUAUGUGGAAUAAGGGAAAGCGUCAAUCUUUGUACAUAGUAUUUUUUUUUUUUAAAUAAAUAAAUAUGUUUUAAACUGGU